CAUUAGCGUAAAAAAACUUGCGCGGUUGUUUGUUGGGUAGUUUCGUGAUAAAAAUAAUUAUUAUUUAAUUCCCAAAAUUUUUGAUUGCGUAUAGCCUUUACUAAUUAAAAUGCCUUUUGUGUUCGUCACAGGAUUUCCUAGGGAGACAAAACUAGUUCCAAACUUCAGAAAAUACUUCCGAUCAGCACGCCUACCGCGUUACUGGAUAACCAAAGUGAUUGACAAUCCGACCGAGCAAGCAGCUCUGAUUGAUUUCCAAUCUUUCGGGGACGCUCUUAAGGCCGAGCAAUAUAUCAACUCUGUGCCUUUCGUAAAAAGUACUACCUGCUAUAACUUAACGGCUAGAAUAACUAAUUCUGAAGAUGAUACGUUCAGCUCGAGUAAUCAAUACGAUGGACAAUAUGAGUACAGAAGAAGCCGUUCACGCGAACACAGCCUUGAAAGCUACGGUUAUAGCCGUUCAAGUGAUCGGGACAGGUCACGAAGUCCGUUUGAAGAUCCGUCAAAACUUGACUUGGAACUGGAACUUAUAAGGAAGAAGAGACUUUUGAUUGAAGAAGAAAGAAGAUUGUUGUUGGAAAAACAGAAGUUGCAGAUGAUGAAGGAGUAUGGGGCUAAUGCUUGCGAAGAGUUGGAUGUGAAACCAAAAAUAGAAUUUGGAGCUGGAAAAUCGACAUUGUUCAAUUCCCACAUAGAAAUGGAGAGAGACCAGAGGAAUCGGGACAUGUUGCUCCGCCCGCACUGGACUGGGAAGCCCGAGCCGAGGAGCCGGGCGCCCCGGUUCUCCGCGGAGCAGAGACCCUUGGACCACAUCCCUCAGUUCAUUCUCCCAGUCAAAAUAAUCUUGAAAUCGAUGAAAACUGCCAUCAAAAAUGAAGCUCCAGAUCUGCACGAGAGAAAUAUCCUGACUAAAAUGAUCGGCGGCAACUUACGCCGAAGAUUUGCGAUCGUUCUUGAAAACAGGCCGUAUACACCGUCAGACAAGAUAGUGCAGUUGUACAGGCAGCAGUACCCUAUGUCUACAGACAGGGAGUUGAUAAAGAAAACGUAUCAGGACGUCAAGGCGUGCCACUGGCCAAAAAGGCAAAAGUCUCAGAAGACUCUUGAUAAAAUCGCUAGAAGGAAAUUCGAGAAAAUGCAAGCAAAGCAAAUUGUCGACGGUGUCGAUUCCGAUACGCCAGGUACAUCAACCGAUGCAGCAGCUGUCGACGUGAAACCUGACCCAGACUUGGUAGUGAAAGAAGAGAAACCCAUUGAGGACCCCGUACUCCGCCUUGAUGGGUGGGGCGGUGUAAAUGAUGACUUUGACAAGAAUGGAACAGAGUGGAUCAAUGAUGGUGAAGGAAGCUUGGAAUGAUCGCUAAGCAGAACUUUAAGAAUAAGUGCAUCAAAUAUUUUAAGUGAUUGUGUAAUGUGCUAAUGUGAAUUGAUUGAACUAUACAGGAAUAUAGAUUAUUAAAAAACUUUGUUUCUUAAA